AUGGGAGCUGGCUGCCUCCUUACCUAUGGCCUCACCUGGAUCUACUACACCAGGCUCUUCACAGAGCCAAAGUUGGAGCGCUAUCUACGUCAGCACCCUGGACAGCACCACCACCCUGCCGGGGAACCCCAGAGCCUGGACAGAUGGAGCGCCCCCUAUGGGCAUCCUGACCUCUGCAGAGCUGCUGCCACCACUAUUGCUGCUGCUCUGGAGGCGGGAUGGGGUGGAGGGUGGGAGGGAGGCCAAGGCUCCCUUGGCCUCACCCUGCAGGUGCAGCGGAUGGUGAUUGUGCAGGAGGGUCUGUGUGUCCAUGUGCCCUGUGACUUCUCCUCCCUGGAAGGCUGGACUGACUCGGACCCAGUUUACGGCUACUGGUACCGGAAAGGGGCCAUUACAAGGCAGGACAUUCUGGUGGCCACAAAUGACCCUAAUAAACAAGUACAGGAGACAGCCAAGGGCCGAUUCUACCUCCUUGGGAACCCCCAGGCCAACGACUGUUCCCUGGACAUCAGAGAUGCCAGGAAGAAGGACCAGGGGACAUACUUCUUUCGGGUGGAGAGAGGAGAUUUAAAAGGGAGUUAUGCUUUGAACCAGCUGUUUGUGCAGAUGGCAGCCCUGACACAACCCCCUCACAUCCACAUCCCAGGGCCCCUGGAGCCUGGCUGUCCCAGCAACCUGACCUGCUCUGUGCCCUGGGCCUGUGAGCGGGGGACGCCACCCAUCUUCUCCUGGACAGGGGCCUCUGUGUCCUCCCUGAGCCCCAGGACCAUCCACUCCUCAGUGCUCACUCUCAUCCCCCGGCCCCAGGACCAUGGCACCAACCUUACCUGCCAGGUGACCUUCCCUGGAGCUGGUAUGACUAAGAAGAUGACUGUUUAUCUCAAUGUGCCCUAUUCUCCCCAGAACCUGACUGUGACCGUCAGCCGAGGAACUGACCCAGCAUCCACAGCCCUGGGGAGUGACUCAUCCCUUUUGGUUCUGGAAGGCCAAUCUCUGCACCUGCUCCGUGCUGUGGACAGCCAUCCUCUUGCCAGGCUGAGCUGGGCCUUAGAUAAAGCGCGCAAAACUGGACCUCUGUCUUGGGUGACUCUGGGGGCCAUCGGAGGUGCUGGUGCUGCUGCUCUGUUCUUUCUGUCUGUCUACAUCAUCCUCAUCUCAGUUCAGUCCUGCAGGAGGAAGUCAGCGAGGCCCGCAGCAGACGUGGGGGAUCCAAACACUGUCAGGGGCUCCACAUCCAAGGGUCCCCUGGUUGAAUCCCAAGCCAAGGACAGCUCCCUGCACCAGGUUCCCUCGGAGGUGGCUGCCCCCUCCUCCCCAGAGAAAGAACAUCAUUAUGCUGCCCUCAGGUUUCACAGGGUGACGUCCAGGGGUCUGCAGGACCAGCAGGCCAUGAACAACAAGGACUCAGAAAUAAAUACCUGCAACACUAACAUCACCAACACUGUCAUCACCAUCAUCGUCACCAUCAUCACCAUCACUACCAUCACCAUCAUUAUAAUUACCACCACCAUUAUGUCACCAAUAUGA